GCUGCAUUGGUGGAGAGGUUGUGACACAUCCAAAACCUGCAGAUAGCUUGUUCGGGUUAAUGAUUCCAUUCCCAUGGUAUUGUUGAAAUAUUGCAGCCCUUGGAGGAUAAUAGUGAGGUCGCAGUAUCCGGAGAAUAUGAAGAAAGGAACUUUAUGGUUGCUUUCACAUUGAUGGAACUGGUGAACCUUUUUGGAUGAUAUGAAUGAUUAGACCUCAAAGGGAAGUAUAUUCUGGUGGUUUCUUUGGUAAGAUGUAAAAGAAAUUUCUUUCCUCCGCCACAAGAUAUAAGAAAUGGUUACCACAAGACAUGUUUGGUUAAAACAUAAAUCUGAAGCAAAGCACAUAAUAAGAAGCUUUCAAGGGAAUCAGUGUGAAAUGCUGAGGAAUAACAACUGGUGAGUGAGUCAACACAAAAAAAAAAAUCCAUGAAACUCCUACAAUACAUCCAAGGUAUAGAUUCUUAGUUCUGCAUAUAUGUAGAGAAGGCAACUAAUGAAAUCUAAAGAACUCAUCCUGUUGUUUUUGUUACACCAUGCCACAUAAAAAGCUGCAACUUCGUUUUAGAAUCCCUUGGAUAUCAGGUCCUUCAAGCAAAUCCCAUCAAUCUUCUGAACCUAAAGCUAAGGAAAAAGUGGUGGAAGAAGAAGAACCUAUCAGAGUAGGAAAAGGCAAUGACAUCAUAAAGCAUGGAUCUUUAUUAACAUCAGAGAGGAAGAUGGUGUUUCCUAGCUCCAGCGGAAAAGACAUCAAACUUGCUGCUUCUUCAGAUCCAGUGAUCAGGGAAGUAUCAUCCAUAUCCAACGAUGAGAAGCCAAUAGAUGAUGACAUUUCAAAUUUUGAUCAUAAACUAGCCACUGUGGAUGAGAAAAGAGUGAGUGUCAUGACUCUAGCUGGUGAGAACAGAGGAGCAACAAUGCAAGUGGCCGAAUCAACAAGGAAGAAAAAUGGAUCAAUACAUGGAGAAGAAAACUCUUCUUCGUAUGUGAACAGCAACAUACAGAGCAUGAAUAAUUCAUUGAUCUCCCACGGUUCAAUCAAUGGAAGAGACCCUGGUGUUCGUGUGAUUCUUCAACAACAGCCUGAGGAGGAUAAACAAUGUUUUGAAAAGGAAAAUCCCAGGCCUGAAGUGAAGAUUCACCGGGCAGAGAGGUUAAAUCAUGUUCCCACUCCCAUUGUUCGAAGACGAUGCCUCAGAGGUCUUCUCCUGGAACCUAGUGACUCUGAUCCUGAUAACCCUGACAAGCCUCGGCGUCAUGGUUGCAAAGUCAGUUGUGGUGAGGUUAGAAAUUCAGGAUAAAAAGGAUUAUGGGAUUCUGCAACAAAUUACAGUCUCUUAUUCACUUGAGAUCAUAUGAUAACAUGAUUUUGAUAUUUCGUUGUUAAUGUUAACAACAUAGCUACUUUUUCUGCGCCAAAAUAUAUACAUUUGUAUCAAGAAAGAGUAUGAAAAAUUCAUGACCAUUCGUUUACAAACUAGUCUUCAAAGCUGCUCAGCCAUAUUGGAUAUGCUUGAAAUGCUUCAAAACUAGUCUUUCACUAUAUUAAAUAAUUAUGUUUUCAUUUUCUUAACAAA